AGACCCAUUUUAUCCAUCCACUGUCUCCAGCAGUCAGCAGAAGCAAGAAAAAAAAAAGAGAGGAGAGAGAACAUCUUCUUCUUCUUCGUAGCUCUCUCUCUCUCUCUCUCUCUCAUGUGGAUUCCAAAUCCUUCUCUGCUUCUCCUUCCUCACAUUUCUCAACCAACAUUCUUCUUCUUUUGACACUUUCAACACACUGCAAGUACUACUCAAUCCGCCAUUAACGAUGCAUCCUCCUCACUUCUCCAUCUCCAUUCUCCUGCUCUGCCUCUUCUUCUUCACACUUCUCGAAGCUACUAAACCACUAAACCUCACUCUCCCUCACCAACACCCUUCUCCUGACUCCGUCGCUCUCCACGUCACAAGUACAAUCAAUGCAUCCCUCUCACGGAGACAACUCACCUCCUCCUCCUCCUCCACUUGCGGCACCGGAAACCCAAUCGACGACUGCUGGCGCUGCGACUCCUCCGACUGGUCCUCCAACCGCCAAAGACUCGCCGACUGCUCUAUCGGCUUCGGCUCCGGCACCCUCGGCGGCAAAAACGGCCGGAUCUACGUCGUCACAGACUCUUCCGACAACAACCCCGCCAACCCAACUCCGGGAACACUCCGUCACGCCGUCAUCCAAGAAGAGCCCCUCUGGAUCGUCUUCUCCUCCAACAUGUUCAUCCGCUUAAAACAAGAACUCAUCAUCAACAGCUACAAGACCAUCGACGGCCGCGGCGCCGCCGUCCACGUCACCGGCAACGGCUGCCUAACCAUCCAGUACGUGCAGCACGUCAUCAUCCACAACAUCCACAUCUACGACUGUAAACCUUCCGGAGGCGCCGUCGUCGCCGCGUCGCCCACGAAAGUCGGGAGGAGAGGUAGAUCCGACGGCGACGGGAUCUCUAUCUUCGGAUCUCAGAAGAUCUGGGUCGACCACUGCUCCUUGAGUCAUUGCACCGAUGGGCUUAUCGAUGUGGUGUUGGGCUCGACGGCGAUUACGAUAUCGAAUAAUUACUUCACUCAUCAUGAUGAGGUGAUGCUGUUGGGUCAUGAUGAUAAGUACGUGCUGGAUACGGGGAUGCAGGUGACGAUUGCGUUUAAUCAUUUCGGACAGGGGCUUGUUCAGAGGAUGCCCAGGUGUCGGAGAGGGUAUAUUCAUGUCGUGAAUAAUGAUUUUACUUCGUGGAAGAUGUAUGCUAUUGGUGGUAGUGGUAAUCCCACUAUUAACAGUCAAGGGAAUCGUUACUCUGCUCCUUCUGAUCCUAGCGCCAAAGAGGUGACGAAGCGAGUGGAUUCGACAGACGAUGGUGAGUGGGCGAAUUGGAACUGGAGAACAGAAGGAGAUUUGAUGGAGAACGGAGCUUUCUUUGUGGCGUCUGGUGAAGGAGUGAGCACACUGUACUCUAAAGCUUCGAGUGUUGAGCCUAAAGCUGCGGCUCUCGUAGACCAGCUCACUCAAAACGCUGGCGUUUUCGGCGGUCCCAGGGAUGAUCAAGGUCAGAGCGGCGAUUCUUAUUCUGGUUAUGGAGGCGGCGGCGCUGGAGGGACGGGCGCUAUAGGUGGUACGUCAAGAGGAAGCAGCAGCAAUAGUGACAACAAUUUCUUCGGGAUGAUAUUCGGAAACAAUGCACCGCCUCGACCACGUUUAACGUUAUUGUUGUUGUCUUUGUUAAUGAUUUGUGUUUUGUCGACAUCAACUCUAUUAUUGUGGUAGACCACAAGGAUAACUUAAUAGGAUUCGGACCGUCCAAUUGAUUGGUUCUUUUGGUGUAACAUGGGUGGCUCAUUAUUAUUUUAUUCGUUUGUGUUCACAA